CUGCCAUCCCCGCCACCAUGUCCAACAGUCUCCUUUUAAACGAGCUAUGCAGCGUCUGCCAUUGGCCCGCCCACGCCUGCGGCACGCCUGCUUCUCGUGGCAAUGUAGCCAGCCAAGCACGCGCUGGGCCUCUGUAAUCAUGCGCUGACAAUGCACUGCAGCAACGCCAACAAGUUCAAGUACCGCUGUCCAGGCUGUGAGGCACGCACCUGUUCGUUGCCAUGUUACAAGCGCCACCAGCAGUGGGCGCAGUGUUCUGGCCGACGCGACCCGGCAAAGUUUGUGAAAAAGGCUCAGCUGCUAACGCCGGCUGGCAUUGACCAUGACUACAACUUUCUCUCCGGCAUCGAGCGGGACCUUGAUAAGGCUGAACGCAUUGCUGCCAGCGCAACCGCUGCUGCGCCCUCGGAUGGCUUGUCGAAUCGUCAGCGCGCCGGCGUUGCCUAUGCCAAACUCGAGUCUGCUGCUGGCGUCAACAUCAUCCGAGCCCCACAGGGCUUGAGUAGACAGCGAGAAAACAAGUCGCACUUAUCUGCCACAAAAAAAGCUUCACGCAACAUCGUCUGGACUGUCGAAUGGUUUCUCGGGUCCCAGACGCGUGUGCUUACUCAGACGUCGUCUGUACAGCAAUUAAUAGAUGCACAGCCCUUUGCACAACAUAGCACAGAGGGUAAAAACAAGAAGCGGAAGCUCAACACUGAAGCUGCCGCUGCUGCUGCCACCACCACCACCACCCUCCCGACAAUCGAGUCAAUUCAGUCACCGCACAAUCAUGUCGCGCCUAUUUCAGAGAUUCAAGACCCGCUUCAGCAGCUCAACGCUGAGGCUACGCUCCCGAUCAGCAAUGCGCAACCAGAGCCUACCUCUUCUGGGCGAAGAGGAUCAACCCCUCCUUGGGCAGAAGAGGGACAACCCACCAAAAGAGAAGCGGACGUGGCAGACGUACACCAUAGCGGCCUUGACCAUGAUGAGCCAAGCGCCCAACCCCUGGGCCGUAGGCAGUAUAGGUUUUUACUACUAAAACCUCGCACGAGCACGACCCGCCACGUCCUCAUUCCCCUGGAUUCCUCCUCUACGCUCGCCGAGAGCCUGCGUGGCCAUACUAUUCUCGAGUUCCCUACGAUCUAUGUGUUUCCUGCCGACAUGACCAAGCUACCCGAGGAAGAGUUCAUGCUGGAGGAAGAGUACGCCAAGCUGGAGGGGGAGCAACAAAAAGAAUUUGACGAAUUAAUGCAAGAACUUGACCCUGAGGUUUUGAAGAGGCUAAAGGAAGGUGAAGAUGGGUUGUCAAGAAACGGUAAUGGUGGUGACGAUGAAGUUGACAGUAAGAAGAUUCUGGACGUGCUGAAGCAAGAUCUUGGCGGACGCCUGUAA